AAAGGCAGCCAGCAACCAAUCAGAAUCUCCUACCGUCCGUUCAGCCAAUCCAGCCACGGUUUGUUGGAUGGUGCGGGAAUUUUGAAUGUGGGUCGGUUGGUCGUGGCUGCGUUUGUUGUUAAAGCGGUGGCUCUGAACUCGGUAAGUGCGGCCGCUUGUUGUGGAUUUGUUCGGGAUGCAGAUUUAACCGGUCGAAUCCCACUUUCGAGACGGAGGCAUGACAUCGGACCGAGUAACCAAAUAAAAAUAAUGUGAUGGAGGAGAAUAUGAAUGAGUCAAGGAUGCGAUUGGCUCGCCUUACAAACCGAUUAGCAUACCUUCGAACAAAACAGGAGGAAGCAAACAAAACUGAAGAGCUGAAAUGUAACUCUGAUGUUACAGAUCACACUGCUACUAUCAGGCAAAUUAUGGCUGAUGGAAACUUUCCAGAAGACUGGUUUGUCUACCUUCAAAAAGUGGAAAACUUGGGUGAUCCUCAAACUAACGAAACCCUAUUGAACAGGCUUAUAGACCUCUACAAUGACACAGUUGCUGCCCUAUCGGUUGAGAAGCAUUAUACAAAUGAAUGCUAUGCUCGUAUCUUGACACGUUUUGCAGAACUUAAAGUUUUUGUAGAUGCAGAUGAAGCACAGGAGCAAUUCAACUUGGCUAGAGUGAACUGCAAGAGAUUUGCCUUUGUACACAUAGCAUGUGCACAAUUUGAGCUUAAUCGAGGAUCUGUAAGGAAAUGCAGAAACAUUCUUCAGAAAGCACUGGAUAUCAAAGCAAAGCCCAUCGUGCUCUUGGAGGUUGCUUUUCAAAAUUUAAAUCAGGGAAAUAAGCAGCUCUUAUUACCUGAAGAUGGAGAUCAAGAAAAUCUACCUGUGACAAUGUGUAAAACAAUACCAAGUGUUUUAUCAACCGACAUUGUUUCAUUGAACAAGAACAGAAAAAACAGCGAUAGUUCUGAAGAAUUCCAAAUUGAUGCUGUUUCAUCUUUCAGGGCUGACAUGAGCAACUUGGCCAGAGAGAAUGAUGUAUCACUCCCGGAGCAGAUAACUGUCAAGAAGCUGAAAAGCAGUGCUAAUAGCCAGGUCUUGCAAGCAGGCAAAGUUCCCUUUCAGCCAACAAUGAAUGAAGCAGUGUGUGGCUUAAAGAAGAUGGAUAUUCCCUCUGUGAAGAUGCAAACUUGCUCAUCCAAAGCAAUGAAUGUAUUAGCUUUAGCAUUGCCUCAAUCAGAUUUGUGUGCCCAAGACUUGAAGUGCCAUUCAACUAUCAUCAGUUCCCCAAAUUUGCAAAGCUCAAAUGAGGAUAGUGAAAAUGUGAAUGCUUCCCCCAUCUUUACUGGCAGUGGAUUGCGGGAUUUAAAAAAACGAGGAGCUGUUUCUGAUUAUAUUAACCAAGACAAUUGUGAACUAAAAUCUGCUAACCUGAAGAAAAACAGUUUAAAGGAAUCCAAGACUCGUACUGUUGAUAUGAUGAAGAAGCCAGGUUGUUUUGCCGCAGAAGCUGUCAAAGGAAAAGAAGUAUUAGGAGGUGCUUUUGCUCACAUUUCGCCUGAGGCUAAUGUACCAAUAUUUAAUAAGGCUGGUGCGAUGCUUGCUCCAAAGAAAAUUCCAUCCACUACUAGUGUUAGUAAAAGUGCAGUUCCAAUAGCAUCUACUUGUCAGACACCCAGCACCAAGAUGUCUAAUCACUCCUCAUGCAGUUCACAGACUCCAGUUGUGAACAAAUCUGUACUGGUGCAGGUUUCAACUCCACACAAUUUUAUACCAGCUUCCCAAUUUCACACCAGUUUUCCACCUACUCCAGCAACACCACAACAGCAUUACAAUCAGCUCCAACAAUAUGGAUCUUCUCAGCUUCUGCCACAAUUGGGGAUUCCAGGUACUUUUGCUGCCAAUGAAACUUUCAUGAUUAAGGAGAGAGUCUAUUCUGUAAUAAAAUUGCUUGGAACCGGAGGAUCAAGUAAGGUAUUCCAAGUACUUGACCAGAAGAAACAAUUGUAUGCUAUUAAGCAAGUUAAUCUGCAGGAUGCAGAUGAGUUUGCAGUUGCAGGCUACAAAGGCGAAAUUGAAUACCUGAAACGUCUGCAGCAACACAGUGACAAGAUAAUCAGGCUUUUUGACUAUGAGAUCACAGAAAAUUAUAUCUACAUGGUAAUGGAAUUGGGAAAUGUAGAUUUAAACACACUGCUCCGAAGGAAAAAGAUUAUCAAGCCACUAGAGCGCAAAUUGUACUGGGAAAACAUGUUGGAAGCUGUUCACACAAUUCAUCAGCAUGGCAUUAUUCACAGUGAUUUGAAACCAGCCAAUUUUUUGGUGGUUGAUGGAAUGCUGAAAUUGAUAGAUUUUGGUAUUGCUAAUGAGAUACAGCCGGAUGUAACCAGUAUAAGUAAAGAUGCUUUGGUCGGCACAUUGAAUUUCAUGGCCCCCGAGACGAUUAAAGAUACAUUUUCUAAUGGUGAAAACAGAUCGAAGUCCAAGAUCAGUCCAAAGAGUGAUGUAUGGUCCCUUGGCUGUAUCUUGUAUUACAUGACUUACGGGAAGACUCCAUUUCAGCACCUUACAAACCAUAUCACCAAACUGCAGGCUAUUACAGAUCCAAACUAUGAAAUAAAGUUCCCCAGUAUUCUAGAAACAGAUCUUCUUGAUGUACUGAAGAAAUGCUUGAUAAGGAAUCCGAAGGAAAGGAUUUCGAUCGCUGCAUUGCUUGAUCAUCCUUACGUCCACCUCCAAGUUCGGCAACAGGCAGAUGAACCCAGCAAGACAUCUAGAAAAGAAAUGCAUCACAUCUUAAGCCAGCUGGUAGCUCUGAAUUCUCCAAACAGCAUCACAAGGGCAACUAAAACUUUGUGGGAGCAGUGCAACAAUGGCCAUGAUCUCGAUAUGUCUGCUUUUAGAAAGUCAUCCCAGCACAAUGUAUAACAAAUAUAAUGAUACAUUCGUCUGAAACCUGUGAAUCAAGGCAGAGAAUCGCGGACACCAAGGAAUGGGAGUGGACAAUGUCUCUUUGACUUAGAGAUGGAAAACCAAUUUAAUUAUUUGAAAAUUGUCUUGUGGAUGUCUGUGCUCUUAUCUGUGUUUAUAACAUGCAUCCUGUGUAGUAUCAUGUCAUCUUGCCAUCCAACCAAUAGCAGUAAUGUUCUACUGAUUUACAAAAAGAGGUUUGCCCUAAGAACUUGGGACUGUUUUUAGAGAGUAAAGGUUUCCUCAUUGUGAGAUAACAAUAUUUUUCUUCAUGUCAUGUUCAGAGGUUAGAGGCAAACCAUAGCUGCCUCUAAAUUUAGCCAAGCUUGGAAGACUGGCCAACAUUGUACAGUCUGAUCUUUCUGCAUUUAGCUUUAUCAUUUAUUGGUGUGUGAGAUUGUCAAAUCUUUCUCGCUGUCUUCCCCUACAUUAUCUAGACC